AUGGAAGCACUUAUACCAGUUAUUAAUAAACUACAAGACGUUUUCAACACCGUCGGAGCUGAUGCCAUCCAAUUACCUCAAAUAAUUGUAUUGGGAACUCAGAGUUCCGGUAAGAGCUCUGUUAUAGAGAGCCUUGUUGGACGUUCUUUUUUACCUCGUGGACCUGGUAUUGUCACUCGUCGACCACUCAUCCUCCAACUGGUGUACAGUCCUAAAGAUAGCAAGGACCAUCGCUCUGCAGAAGAAGGAACAGUAAACUUAGAGGAAUGGGGCAAGUUUCUGCACACAAAAGACAAAAUAUUUUCGGAUUUCGACGAAAUACGACGAGAAAUAGAACAAGAAACAGAUCGCAAGGCUGGCAACAACAAAGGAAUAUGCCCAGAAGCUAUCAAUUUGAAGAUUUACUCCACCAGAGUUGUCAAUUUGACACUUGUAGAUUUGCCUGGAAUAACCAAGGUACCUAUAGGUGAUCAACCAGAGGACAUAGAAAAUCAAAUUAGGAAUCUUAUUAUUAAGUAUAUUGCCAAUCCAAAUUCCAUAAUCUUGGCAGUAACAGCUGCUAACACAGAUAUGGCAACUAGUGAAGCUAUAAAAAUGGCCAAAGAUGUUGAUCCUGAUGGGAGAAGAACUUUAGCUGUGGUCACCAAACUCGAUCUCAUGGAUGCUGGAACUGAUGCUAUCGACAUUUUAUGUGGGCGGGUUAUUCCUGUCAAGUUGGGCAUUAUAGGUGUCGUAAACAGAUCACAGCAAGAUAUCAUCGAUAAAAAAUCCAUUACGGAUUCAUUGAAAGACGAAGCCACGUACUUGCAAAGGAAGUACCCUACAAUAGCGAGUCGCAACGGAACUCCGUACUUGGCGAAAACACUAAACAGGCUUCUGAUGCACCAUAUACGGGAUUGUUUACCGGAGCUGAAGGUUCGAGUUAAUGUAAUGAUAUCACAAUUCCAAUCGUUACUCAACUCGUACGGUGAAGAUGUCUCGGAUAAGUCGCAGACUCUCCUGCAAAUCAUCACAAAGUUUGCGAGCGCAUAUUGUUCUACUAUAGAGGGCACCGCGAGGAAUAUUGAAACAACGGAGCUAUGUGGCGGUGCUAGAAUAUGUUACAUAUUCCAUGAGACUUUUGGACGUACUUUGGACUCUAUACAUCCGUUGGUUGGUUUAACGCGCAUGGAUAUAUUAACCGCCAUCCGGAACGCGACUGGACCGCGACCCGCUCUCUUCGUCCCUGAGGUUUCCUUCGAGUUGCUGGUGAAGAGACAAAUAAGAAGACUGGAAGAUCCUUCGCAACGCUGCGUUGAACUGGUGCACGAGGAGAUGCAGCGCAUCGUGCAGCACUGCGGCACGGAGGUGCAGCAGGAGAUGCAGCGCUUCCCGCGCCUGCACCAGCGCAUCGUGGACGUGGUCACGCAGCUGCUGCGCACGCGCCUGCCCGCUACUAACUCGAUGGUAGAAAACCUAGUAGCAAUAGAGCUGGCAUACAUCAACACCAAGCACCCGGACUUCCACCGCGAGGCGGCUCUCGUGUCGGGCUUGCUCAAGAGCACCGACGGGCUGGUAGAAGAGAACAGCCCCAUGUACCGGCAGAAGGCCCAACGACCCACAUCUACACCGCAUAUGCCUGCCAUUACCGACGGACACGACCGCCACGACCGCCACGACCGCUCGCCGCCGCAGCAACAUAACGAAUCUCCUAUUUCACCUCAGAUGAAUGGCACUCCAGAGAACAAAGCGAUUACUCCACAGAAACCAGUCAACCUUCUACCUGAAGUCCCCAGCCAGACUUCUAGAAAGCUCUCGGACAGGGAACAGCAUGACUGUGAUGUUAUUGGUGGGCGGAGCGACCACACGACAAACCAAAAUUCUUAUUCAGACAAUGUACCAGGCAUCAACAUGAUGCAUUUGAGCCAAAUGGGUGAUUUAGUUGAGCGGCUGAUCAAAUCAUACUUCUACAUAGUGCGCAAAUCCAUCAAGGACUCUGUCCCGAAGGCCGUGAUGCACUUCCUAGUUAACUACGUGAAGGAUAACCUCCAGUCGGAGUUGGUGACACACCUGUACAAGUCGGACCAAGCAGAGAGCUUGCUCAACGAGUCCGAACACAUCGCUCAGAGGAGGAAGGAGGCAGCCGAUAUGCUUAAGGCUUUACAACGCGCUGGACAGAUUAUUAGUGAGAUACGCGAAACGCACAUGUGG